AUGAAAUAUUUACUUAACCUUUUCAAAAAAACAUUCUCAAAUAACAUAAAAAAAAUGAUGCCCCUGAAUAACCAAAACAAAUGUUACAAACACAUUUUUCUAAACACUAACAAAAUAAAAAAUCGAAAAAAUACACAAAAUGAAAACUAUCAUAUGGAUAUAAAAACAAUAAAAUGUAUUAACAAGUCAGGACAAAAAAAUAUAUAUAUACAAAAUAAAAACAACUUGGUGAGUACAAUAACACAAAAUGUUAUUAACAAGUCAGGUGAAAAUACAAAAUAUAUACAUAAUGAAACUAAGUCAGUGAAUGUAAAAGCAAGUGAUUGCCUUAACGAUUCAGGUGAAAAUAAUAAAAAAAAAAAUACAAAAGGUGAAAAUAUUCCCGAUGUGUGUAUAAAGCAGAAUGACAGUUUAAAAUUAAUCAGUUUAGGAAAUAAGAAAAAUAUAGAAUAUGAUACAAAAAUAGAAAUAAGUAUGAAUAAUAUAAAAUGUGAAGAGAUUAGGAGAUUUUAUUUAAAUAACAAUAAUAGUUUUGUAAAUUCGGAUGGAUUAAAAUGCAAUAUAUUAUCAGCUAUCCAUUGUGAUGAGAAAAAUGUUUUAUUUUAUUCGUUAGUAUUUUCAUUUACCAAUAUAAAUAAUAAUUAUAUAGAGUUAAUAAAAAUUCAUAUAAAAAAUGAAAAAACACAUGAAACAGUUGUAAAAAAUGUUGAAUUUAUUAUAGUAAAUAAUAAAUGUACCGAAGAAAAUGAAAGAACAUUUUCAAAUAUAAAAGUAGCAAUGAAAAUACAAGAGAAUAACGAAAUUAGUAGAUAUGCAAAAAAAAAUACUUUUAUUCAAGACAUAUCAUUAGAUAAUAUAUUUUACAUAAUUGAAUAUAGGAAGUGGGAUAGUUAUAUUGAUUGUAUUGCCGGUGCAAAUUCUAAUGCUUUAAAUAACUCACAUUACAAAAGAGACCAAUAG